UUAAAAGUUAAUGUAUAAAAACGCCAUUUGCGUGAGAAAAAUAUUUAAACUAUUUAGAGCAUGUGAUAUGAUCGAGGCAUGGAACAUUCGUUUCCGCACAAGUUAGCGCGUCAAAAUACGGAUAGGUUAUAUUUCAAUAAAGUGAAAUUAGAAACCAAAAUCUGUCAAAAAUAGACAGUGUCCGAACAGGUUUGCUUUUAACAAAUCCUUAAGCGAGCACUUUGCUGGCAGUACUGGAAAAUCUUAGUGUUUCUGCUUUGUAAGUUCAUCUGAUUUCAUAUCUAUGUAUGUAUAUGUAAGUAUAUGUAUUUGUAUCAAUAUUAUUUAUAUAUAUGUAUGUUUAUGUUUGUCUAUUUCUUAUGAGUGUAUUGUGUUCGUACAUGUACCUAAUUGUAUUAUCUAUACCUCAUGUUUAAUUAUGUACCGCCUACAACUUAUCUGCUUUGCCUAAAGGUUGACUGGUAGAGAAUGCCUUACGGCAUUAAGUUCGCCUAUUGUACAGUGUGUUUUCUUAUGUACAAUAAAUAUUAAAUAAAUAAAUAGGUACCUACAUAUUCCUAUGAUAACCAAGUUUGGUAAGUUUUUCCAACUUUUUUUUUUAUAUUAUGUCGGUGGCAAACAAUCGUACAGCCCGCCUGAUGGUAAGCAGUAUCCGUAGCCUAUGUACGCCUGCAACUCCAGAGGAGUUACAUGCGCGUUGCCGACCCUAACCCCCUCCCACCCCUCGUUGAGCUCUGGCAACCUUACUCACCGGCAGGAACACAACAGUAUGAGUAGGGUCUAGUGUUAUUUGGCUGCGAUUUUCUGUAAGGUGGAGGUACUUCCCCAGUUGGGCUCUGCUCUAGAUCUGGAAUGACAUCCGGUGUGUUGUGCCCUGCCACACAGAGCGAGAUGACAUUCACAAUGCCCAUACCUCUCUUGUGGACGUAGUUUAAGGACGUACCCGGGUCCAAAAGUAAAAGGAGUUACUGAUAUUGUGUCAUACCCUAUAACUAAAAAGACAUCCAAGCAAAAAGAUAUGAUUCAAAAAUGCCUAUUUUUCUUAAUAAGAAGUUAACCUAAUUUUUUUGUGCGGAUUUUAUAAGCGGAAACUAUGUUUUUGAUAAGACUUGUUUUGUAAGUAUUGUGUAUCGCGUAUAAAGUUUACAGUGAUUAUACCUACAUCUACGCAAGCGCGCUCGUAGUCGUAGCGACGUCUAUCGACCUAACAUCGAUACUUGAACAUAAUUGCAUACUCUAUCUAUUUCACUUACGACAGUACGUAAUAAGGUCAUAAUAAGCCUGGUUUUGUUUAAGUAGAGAAUAUUUUUCAAAGCGCAAGCACGCUUUGCUCAACAAUUGAUUUCUGUAGGCAAACGCCAACUUAAACAUCAUGUCAUCGCCCGAGACGAGUUCCCGCGCGAGCCCUAAGCGGCGCCCGCCGCCGCCACCGGUGCCAUCGGGGUCCCCGGUGCGACACCCGCGCUCCUUCAAGCUCCGCUUCGCGGCCCAACGCGUGCCGGGACACUCGAACCAGUCGGCUAUUCGCCCGCUCAAACUACCGGCUUUGGUGACAGACAAGUUUUGGCGCCGCGCGGGCCGCGAGGAAACCGUGGAAGCAGAGUCUGAAGAGCGGGCUCUAAAUAAAGUGCGAGACAUGUUCGAGCUGGGGCCGAGGGAGAAACACGCUAGGCCAGUGCAGUCCUCGCACGAGUACGGAUGGUGGGAGGCGUAUACCCCUCAAAUCUGGGCGGCUCCUCGGAAUGACCGGCGAUUACAUCAUGGCCUGAGGGACUCCGCGUGGCUCAAACUACGCGCUCGGGAGCUCGUGGAGCCGCCGCAACGGCGACGAUAAUACACAAACAUAGACUACACAGACACCGAAGCAUGAGGUCACCACACAUUGGUGAAAUUUCACUUUUUUAUGUAGUAGGCAGCAAACGAGCAGACGAGCCGCCUGAUGGGAAGCAGUCUUCGCCACUUAUGGACAUAAGCAACAUCAGAGGAGCUACUUAUGCGUUGCCAUCAACCUUCGAGGACCAAUACCUACCUGCUUCCUGAAGAACCCCAUGUCAUAGCGCAAGGGAGACAUCUCAGAAGCUCAUUCCACAACUUGCACGUUCUGGACAAAACAAAAACGAGCGAGAUGCCCGCUUGUUCUUGGUUUACCACGUGUCGAGGAAGUAAGAUGAGCUUUGUUUCUUUGGCGGGAGAUGCGGUGAUAAAAACACGACGAUGGCACCAAAUCAAAAAGUUCUUCAGAACAUUCCCCGUUAUACAGAGUUACAGACGCUAGUCGUAAAAUGCUAAGAUUCAAGGACGGUCACUUGUAAAAUGCUAAGAUUGAAGCAGCACAAACUGCACUUUUUUUUAAUAUUACGUCGAUGGCAAACAAGCAUACUGCCCGCCUGAUAGUAAACAGUCUGCGUAGCCUAUGGACGCCUGUAACUCUGGAGGUGUUACAUGCACGUUGCCAACUCUAACACCCUCGUUGAGCUCUGGCAACUAGUCUAGUGUUAUUUGGCUGCAGUUUUCUGUAAGGUGGAGGUCUGGAGGUACUUCCCCAGUUGGGCUCUGCUCUAGAUCUGGAAUGACAUGUGCUGUGCUUUGCCCUACCACACAAAACGAGAUGACAUUCACAGUGCUCAUACCUCUCUUUUGGACGUAGUUUAAGGGCAUACCCGGGUCCACCUGUUUAUACUAUAACAACUCCAGCAAAUAUUAUUACCCAAUACAAGUGUAAUUGUUAGCCUAACUGAAAUGAGCAGUUGCACUCCCAUACUAAAUUUGUACAGAAUGCUUAUGUGUGGUAACCAUGAUUGUCUUAUAUGGUCAUAUUAGUUAAGGUGGUCUGUGUACACAAAUGAAAAGCACGGGAUACUUAGGAGAUCGGGCUGCCAAUACCUAUGUUGCUGGCUCUGGAUAAAAAAGUCCUCAACAUUGACACUAUAAAAAUGCUCCCCCGGGAUGUCUCUCCGACGUCAUUCUUAGGAUAAGAUAGAGGAAUUCCUAUAAUAUACACCAUAGGUCUCCAAACCCCGGCCCGCAAGGCGUUUCAAUCCGGCCCGCGGACACCUCAAGCGACAGCCUGCAUAACUAGACCUCCUGGACCCUUCCCCUGGCCGAAAAACCGAUAGUGGCCCGUGCGAAAGUUUCUGAGGUGCUACAUGGCGUUUGGAGACCCCUGAUAUACA